UCCUUCAUACAGCUUAUUUCACUUAUCAUGAUUUCAAAAAAGAUUUUCGUGUGCAUCUCAAUAUUUUCGUUCAUACAUCUAAUACUAAGUGAGUCAAAAAAAGUUUCACCUUGUAAUACGCAAAACUGCAAGCCACCGAACUGUCGCUGCUCAUCAACUGGUGUCCCGGGAGGUCUUCAGCCAAAAGAUACUCCCCAGUUUGUACUACUUACCUUUGAUGAUGCUAUAACAAUAUUCAAUGUUCCGUACUACCGAGAAGCAUUUGUGCAACGCGUUAAUCCCGAUUCGUGUCCUGUUUCGGCUACAUUCUUCGUAUCGCAUGAAUAUUCUGACUACACCUUGAUUCAUGAAAUGUACUCUGCUGGUCAUGAGAUCGCCUUACAUUCAAUUUCGCAUACUACCGAUACAGACUACUGGCGAUCGGCUUCGGUGGAACAGUUAACCGACGAAUUUGCCGGAGAACGAAGUAUAGUGGAAAAGUUUGCAAAGAUACCUGCUAGCCACGUGACAGGGCUUCGAAUGCCUUUCCUGCAGAUGUCUGCUAACAAUUCGUUCCAGAUGAUGAAGGACAACAACUUCAUUUACGAUUGCUCGAUGCCCACAAGGUCGUUUGUAUCACCUGGACUAUGGCCAUAUACCUUGGACUACAAGAGUACUCAGGAUUGUGUGAUCGGACCGUGUCCUGCUGGAAGCAUCCCAGGCGUGUGGGUUAUUCCCAUGAUAACGUGGACAACAAGAGAUGGAUUUCCAUGUUCUAUGGUCGAUACUUGUUUGGGAAUGCCAAAUACUACCCAGGGACUGUUCGAAUUCUUCAAGCAGAAUUUCGAGAAAUCUUACCUGAGCAAUAAGGCGCCGUUCGGGUUUUACGUGCAUGCAGCAUGGUUCAACGUAAGCCCAGUUCAUUUUGAAGCUUACAAAAAGUUUUUAGAUUAUUUAAAAACCCUGAAGGAUGUGUUUUUGGUCAACGCAUCUACCGUUAUCAACUGGGUUAGGAAUCCAGUUUCAUUGACACAAAUGAAAAAUUCUAACUGGUCAAAUUGCCGUAAACCUGGUCCUAUCAGCUGUAAACCGGUUUCAUGCGAGUUGUGCAAGAAGGAAGGUGAUAACUACGUUACUCGAUGGGUCAAACUAUGUGACGUAAGCUGCCCUAAGUCUUACCCAUGGUUGGGAAAUCAUUUCGGUGCACAGGAUUACGCUAACGGGUGUAAGCGAAGGUGGAAGUGGUAGCGGAAGUGCUAGUUACCUUAUUUAUGUACCUAACACUUGAAGGUAAACGUGAUAUCGGUGUAAUUGACUACAUUUUCAACACAGCAAUCACGAACGCGUUCGAAGGAUUACCUUGAAGUGUUUCAUAGUCGAUUUUCAAUCACUAUCACAAUCACAAAUACUAUAAAGCUGUAAUAAUGGGCCCCUGCAUUAAUGCGUUGAAGUGUUUUUUUUUCUUUUCUGCCACCUGUUAAGCAACUAAUAGAGGGGGAAUUAGGGUAAAACCUGCACUGAAUUUUCAGAUUAUCAGCUGUUUUUUUUAUAAAACUGUUUAGUAACUCCUAUGCACACUUGUUAUUUCUUAUGUUCCGAAUCACCCUAUAGCUGCCGUUAUCCUGUUACUGUCAAAAUAAAUUCAGCUUUUAACUGUUUUAGACGUAACAUUUUAUAACAUUCGGUAAUUGAUGUGUGCCUACACGCUACGAAAAAGACAUGUAAAUUUCAGUGCCCUGAGACCGACACAUGCAAGUGGUCCUUUUGACAUAAGAAUCAGUUGAAAAGGACGAGAAAAUCAAUUCAAUUAAGCGCACUUUUCGUCGAGUUGCAUGUGUUUCAGUUUCAGGAUACUUAAUUUUACAUGCCAUGUUUGUUUACGUUCCAUGAUUUACGUCAAAGCUGAAUUACGUCUCGUGUAAAAAUAAUAAUUUCUAAGUGGGUAGUUCAUCGUAAAUCAUUCUUUUGUGCAUUUCGUAUGAAGCUUGGUAAUUUUUAAGUUUGUUGACUCUCAAAGACUUGUCAAAAGAUGUUUAGUUCAUUCGGGGUAAAAUCAGCAUUUGCAAUAUGCUUCAGAAACAGGAUAUGCCUUAAGUUUAAUGCAAAAUUGAUGUGUUUCUAAAUGUUUUGUAGAUGCCUCAUCAGGGAUGGAUCGCUCUUUUGGGACUAUAUCAUUACUUUUUUUUUAUAUAAAACGCUUACGUUAAACUCAAUUGAAUGUUCACACACUUAGAUAUUUUUGCCGAGAUGGGCACCACCGAGCAGCUCGGCAUUUUUUUUAUGCAGGAUCUCAGUGGAAAACUUACUAGGAUUCUAAAUUUUGCUGAAUCUCGGAAAAUUUUUCACUGAGACCCAGUAAAAUAAAAUGCCGAGCUGCUCGGUGGUGCCCAUCUCAGCAAAAAAAAACAGUUAACCGAUCUUAAAGUAGAUGGCUUAGUGCUUUUAAUCUCCCUAUCAAAAUUAAAAAAAAAUCUGCGCCGCAGCGCCACACUCUGUGCUUUCAGAGAAGGUGCACUUGAGAGCGCUCUCGAGUGCACCUUCAGUGAAAACACAGAGUGUGGCUCUACGGUGCGGAAGUUUUGGAUUUUGAUACGGAGUUUAAUUGCAUUAAGCUAUCUUUUUCACGAUGGGUUAACUGAAAAUUCAACUGGAUUUUACGUUAGCGUUCUAUAAUAAAAAGUAAUGGAAAAGCCCCAGAAAAGUGGUUCAUCACUGUUCCUCGUGUUUAUGAUCGAAAAACGUUCAUUUCGGUGUUGAUUUUACCCCGAUAAGAUGUGUCGAUGUUAUCCACAUUCCUGAUUGUUUCGCCUGAAAUCACAUAAUUUUCUUAUUCAUUAUAAUCAAGCUUUAUCAAAAUAUGUAAUCGUAAGAUCUCG